UUCAGCUCCCAGCCACAGCCAUUGAUCUAUACCAAGCACUAGAAUCUAGAUAUUGAGAAGAAAUCCACAAACCAACCACGCGUCCCUCUCUCCGAUGCUCUGUGACUCGUAAGCUUCGAGGAGGGCAUCGACAAUGGCCUCUGCAGCUAAACUCAUCACCAUAUCCAUCCUCCUCUUCUUCUUCCUCACCAUUUCUCUCUGCAAAUCUAGAGAGGAAUACCCAACACCAGCCCCAUGGCCGCACCAAUUCCACUCCAUAAUCUUCAUGAACAACAGCGGCUCCCUCCAGAUAAUCGAUCUCUGGUACGACUGGCCCAAUGGCCGGAACUUCAACAUCAUACAGAACCAGCUGGGCAAGCUUCUCUACGACCUUGAAUGGAACAAUGGUACUUCCUUCAUCUACACAUUGGACUCGAACAAAGAGUGCAGGACAUUGCACUUUGAGGUGGGUAUUCUUCGCCCAAAUUGGCUCGACGGCGCCAACUAUCUGGGUCAGCGCCGAGUCGAUGGCUUCCUCUGCAAUGUUUGGGAGAAGGUGGACUUCAUUUGGUACUACGAGGAUGUCGUCUCCAAGAGGCCCGUUCGUUGGAUUUUUUACACGGGGAUGGAUGCACAUGUCAUGACGUUUGAAGUGGGAGCGGUGCUCGAGGAUGCCCAGUGGCAAGCCCCUUUGUACUGUUUCGACAGGAGGGGUAAUGGAUCCGACCCAACUGCACAAUUUGCCAUCACCGGCGCUUCUCGGGAGCAUCUGGGUGGAGUACUUCGAGGCUCCAGUAAUAAACUCUGAAGAAUGUAAUGUGCAUAUAUGUAUUUACUCAUUAGAAAAAUUUGGAAUGUGUUAUGUGCACUUCAGAAAAUGGCAGCCUCUCCAAAACAGAGGCAGACGAUUUGCUGUUUUGUUGCAUAAAAUGACGCAUCCUUUCUUUCUAUCCAUCCCGCACUUCACUUGAACCAUGCCCCAUGUCGCUCUAAGCCAGAAUGCAUCUUCAAACGCUAUAGAAAUAUCAUGAUCGUCUACGGUUCAUUUCA